AUGAGUGAAAAAAAAGGAUGCUGCUCGAAGGAGGGAAACUUGACCAAUUACCAACGCAAACGUAUCGAAGAAAACCGCCAAAAAGCGCUUAAUUUGCGGCAGGCCCGGCUUUUAACGCAUCCGUACAGUUCUGAAAAGAAACAACCCGAAACGGCCGUUUCGGUAAACAACGUAAUAAAAGUGUCCGGAACAAAGUACAUCGACAGUGGUGGCGGUUUCCUGAUUGAGCAACGGACCAAUCCGACCGAGGAAGAGGUUGGUGAUCAAUUAGAACCUAUACCGGAAUCGGAUGCGAUACCCCUGCCCAUAGAGUACGAUGAAUGUCUGGAGUGUGGUGAUCGAAUUGCGGACUCCUACCUACUCAGCACAUUCGACUAUUCGGUAUGUGAUGCAUGUCGAGAACCGGACGGUCAGCAUUCGCUAAUCACACGUACCGAGGCUAAACAGGAGUAUCUGCUGAAAGAUUGCGAUUUGGACAGUCGUGAGCCACCCUUGAAGUACAUAAGCCGCAAAAACCCUCACAAUGUUCGAUGGGGUGAGAUGAAACUGUACUUGCAUUUACAGAUCGAGAAGCGCGCGUUAGAAAUUUGGGGCAGCGAAGAGAAGCUAAUGCAAGAAAAACAAGAACGAGAAGAAAAGCGUGAAGUGGCGAAGGUUAAGAAAUACAACAAGCGGCUGAAGGAGCUACGGAUGGAUGUAAGGAGCAGUCUGUACGAUAAAACGGUUCAGGUGCACGUACACUCCUAUGGUGAAUCAGAGGUAUACAACAAGGUAGAAGACAACUACACGAGAACAUGCGAAUCUUGUGGACAUUCGGAAACGUACGAGAAAAUGUAA